AUGGCGACAGCCCUAUUCUUCCCCGGCCAGGGCGUUCAGCGGGUUGGCAUGCUGAAUCCAUGGCUCGAGGCUUUCCCUUCGACGGCAUCGCAGUUACGGGACGAGAUCGACGAAUACAUGGGUUACAAGCUCUCCGACAUAAUUCAGAACGGGCCAUCAAAGGUUCUUACUGAGACACCUAAUGCGCAACCGGCCAUCAUGGCUACGUCCAUCUUCAUCCUGCGCAUCCUCGAACGCGAAUUCAACUUCAAAGUCACCGACCACUUCGAUGUGACGCUGGGACACUCACUGGGUGAGUUUGCCGCUGUCGUCGCGGGCGGCUACAUCUCCUUCCAGGACAGUUUACACCUCGUUCGUAAACGGGCAGAGGCAAUGUCGGACGCCACGAAACAUGCAAUUGAAAACUAUGGUGGCGAGUAUGGCAUGGUGGCAGUUAUAUCUCACCCGGAACACAUGGACAGCCUGAUUCAGGCCAUUCGAGAGUUUGUCAACAUCUCAGCUGAAGACCAGGCCGACCUGCCACCGAUUGAACAAGUUUUGAUAGCCAACAUAAACAGCAAGAAUCAGAUUGUACUGAGUGGAAAUAUCGAGCGUAUAAAGACGCUCAUCGCCCAUGUCCGUCAAUUCCUUGGCUACGACCCGCGCGCCGUCCGUCUCAAAGCCGACAGUCCUUUUCACAGUCCCAUCAUGCAACCAGCAGUCACCGUAAUGCGCCAGCUUCUAGAAGAACCCAGCAGGGUGAAGGGUCGUGAAAAGGAGGACGUUGUGACGUUCCCAGGCAUAUUGCCCAUCGUGAGCAACGUAUCUGCGCGGCCAGUUUGCUGUAAGAAGGAACUCAAGGAUUUGCUGGCCCGCGGCUGUCUGGAUACAGUUCGUUGGUGGGAUAGCAUCAAAUACCUAGACCAAGAGGCGCGCAUACGACGAUGGGUGGGCGUCGGACCUGGAAAGGUCGGCCGUAAUCUUGUCGGAAAAGAGGUCGGCAUGCGUGGCAAGGACCUUGUGAAGGGAGGGGGCGUAUGGGCUAUUACAGAUCCAUCUGAGGUUGAGGAGGUUCUGAGAGGGCUUGAAGAUACGGCGAAUCUCAUGGAAGAUGAUGAGUAUUCAGAGUAA